AUGACCCUGCUUCUUUUCUUCCCAGUUUUAAUCAAUUCUUUCAUUCGACUCUCAUUUUUCUUCAAUCUUUUUACAUUCUUUCUUUUCUCUCUCUUUUUCUUCGUCUUAUUCUCUUUGACAUUACCCUCUCAUAUAUUCGCUUUCAAAUUUCCUCUUUCUUUAUUUCUUAUUCUUGUUACUCUCUCUAUUUUAUUAUAUACGCUCUUUCUUUUCUUCUUUUCACUUUUCUUUCUAUCUUUUUACAUUGUCUUUCUCUCCUCUCUUUUUCUUCGUCUUAUUCUCUUUGACAUUACCCUCUCCUAUAUUCGCUUUCAAAUUUCCUCUUUCUUUAUUUCUUAUUCUUGUUACUCACUCCAUUUUAUUAUAUACGCUCUUUCUUUUCUUCUUUUCACUUUUCUUUCUAUCUUUUUACAUUCUGUCUUUCUUUUCUCUCUCUUUUUCUUCGUCUUAUUCCCUUUGACAUUACCCUCUCAUAUAUUCGCUUUCAAAUUUCCUCUUUCUUUAUUUCUUAUUCUUGUUACUCUCUAUUUUAUUAUAUACGCUCUUUUCUUUUCUUCUUUUCACUUUUCUUUCUAUCUUUUUACAUUGUCUUUCUCUCCUCUCUUUUUCUUCGUCUUAUUCUCUUUGACAUUACCCUCUCAUAUAUUCGCUUUCAAAUUUCCUCUUUCUUUAUUUCUUAUUCUUGUUACUAUCUCUAUUUUAUUAUAUACGCUCUUUCUUUUCUUCUUUUCACUUUUCUUUCUAUCUUUUUACAUUGUCUUUCUCUCCUCUCUUUUUCUUCGUCUUAUUCUCUUUGACAUUAUCCUCUCCUAUAUUCGCUUUCAAAUUUCCUCUUUCUUUAUUUCGUAUUCUUGUUACUCUCUCUAUUUUAUUAUAUACUUUUUCUUUUCUUCUUUUCAUUUUUCUUUCUUUCUUUUUUUCGUCAUCGUUCAUCGUCCGUUUUUCUUUUUCGUUAAUGCAUUCCCUUUCUAUUCUACUUUUUACAAUUUUCUUACAGUGUUUCUUUCAGAUAGCCCUGACUUCACCCGUUUCACAUCUUCGAUCUCUUUUUUUCUUUCGAAUAAACCCUACUUUAUUCGCAUCAAAUUUAAUAUCUUCGUACACCUCUCUGCUUCUCUGUCUUCCUCCAUCAUUCAUUUAAAUUUUCUCACAUUAUCUUUUUUUCUCAUUGAUUAUUUCUCGUUUUCUUUCUCUACAUUUUUCUAUAACUUAUCUGCAGGUCUCUCUUUAUACAUUUUCUAUAACCCACACCCACUUCUUGUCAUAUUUUCGUUCUCUCUUAUUCUCUUUUCUCUUAGUCCACCAUUCUUCAAGUUCUAUUCCAUUGUUCUUAAAAGAUAUCUUCCUUUCCGUAUUCUGUUCACUUCUUUUUACCGUCUCUUGUUUUCUGUGUGCAUUUUUCUUUCCCGUUCCCGUUGGCGCCAUUGCUGCUGCCGUAUCGUUUUCUACCUGUAG